AAAGUACAGUCGCAAUUCUCGAGCCUGAAACUAAUGUUCUGAGCCGGUACCUGCGUAUCAGGAGUCAGCCGUUUAUGCGAAGGACGUGACCGACUUAAUACGGGAAAAACGGUCGCGUUAUUGAAAAUUGAUAGUCUUAGUUUUCGGUGUUUAGUAUUUCUGUUUACGCAGGCGCGACGUUAUCACACUUGAUUCGCGAUAAGCCCCGCGAUGGCAGUGGUGCUCUUAUCAGAGUGAUAACAGUUAUAAGUGUCAGUGAGUUAUGCGCUGUUCCCGGAGGUACAGUACUGGUGGUGACAAAAAUCAAAAUUCAGCCGACGCCUCUAAGUGAUUGUUCAAGUGACCAUGAAACCGAAAUGUAUUCACCUUUUGCUCGUUGUUCUUGUUUCGUUCGGCGCUGUAGUUGCUCAAAAUGAGGAUGAAUUACCAAAUCCUUUAGAGAAUGACAACCAGUUCCCACCAGAGAAUCAUGUUGAGGGAGACGACGUGGUGGAGGGCAGCGGCGAUGGCACCGUUUACACUACCACCGACAGUAGUCCCGUCCUUGAAGCAAUACAACCUACUAAUGCAUUAGUCGAGGAAGCAAGCAGCACCCCGGGGAAUGACAUACCUUGCCCAGAACGCUGCUCGUGCAUGACAGAAGCAGACGCCUUCACAGUGGAUUGUGCUGGAUUUGACCUAACUGAAUUCCCUUCUCCUAUCGACGAAAAGACUACCGUGUUAAAACUACGCAAUAAUAAAUUAACUGAAAUCCCUAAAAGUAUAUCCUCGUUGAAGAAUUUAAAAGUACUUGAUGCAGAUAACAACUCAAUCAUGGAACUUAAAUCUGGAUCAAUAAGCGAGCUCCCCAAUUUAACGGUUCUGAAAUUAGCAAACAAUCGUUUGAUAGAAUACCCAAGUGACCUCAGGAACAGUUUGCUGCAAAACAAGUUAGAGGAGCUGGAUUUGGGUGGCAACGACAUGAGAACGGUGCUUGACGCUGACACCUUUUCUAACUUCGAAUCUCUUCGUAAAUUGACCCUGGCCACCAGUACUGUAGAACUGAAGGAAGAUAUUUGCAAUAAGCUAAAAAACUCCUUAGUAACCAUAUGCACCAGUUCGUGCGGAACGGACAUGUAUGAGUGUGACACAUAUAAACCUAUAAAAGACGAGGACGAAUUGCUAUUGGAAGCGGAAGCUAAGUUACCUGGAACUCUAAUAGAUCCCGAAAUACCCCAGGAAACCAACGACACUGAUACCGAGUCUGUUACUGAGGAAACUCCAGCGGAAGUGUCAUCCAAUGAUAAAGCAAAUAGCGAAAUCGCAUCGUCUGUUAAUAACUUUUCCUUGCGCGUAGCUGCUGAGAACAUACCAUCAGAGGGCGAGACUGUGUCCUCCGACAAACCUGUAAGUGAUACUCAUCAAGAUGCUACUGCAGCUGACGCCAAUGUAAAGAUUGGAGCGAAUACAUCUGACACGAAAACCGGAGGAGUGGACAAAAGCAUCAUUGGCAUUAUUGUAGCUGCCAUGGUUGUUGUGGUAGCAGGAGUAACUAUAAAGAAGAACUGGAGUUCAAUCAAGAAACGGUUUAGCUCGUCUCCGAGGCCAGCGAACGAGAGAGUGGCAACUGGAAAUGGAACGGCGCCCGAGGAAGUUCCGCUGCAGGAUAACAAGUCACCCGUCUGAGUCGAUUUAUGUUGACACAGGCAUUUGCAUUAUAUUUAUACUUUAAAGCCUUACUUAAAUUUGUGACGAAACGUGUGGCAUUUGACAUAAACUUUCGGUUUUGUGACGACCGACUGCUAUGUCCUAUAGCGUAUUAAAUUUGAACAGUUUGUUAUUUAAUAUGAACGGUUUCGAUCUGAACGUUGUAGAGCAUUAUUUAUUCACGAAAUAAUAAGGGUGCUUAUAGAUUUAAGUGUUGUUAGGAAUACGUUUUUUAUGUAAAUAAAGAUAUUAUUGUCUCAUUGUA